AUCAAUUUUUUCUUUGUUUAAUAAUAAAUAUUGCAUCUCUUGCUUUCUCCCAAAUGCAUCGGAGAGAAGAAUGAGACAGCAACAGAGCUCAUUUCUACGUGUGGAUUAACUUUGAUCUCGAUUUAACUUGCAUUUUCUGUUUUACUCCAGUUGUUAAAAUUAGAAAGGGAUAAGAAAUUAAUUUACAUUGAUAGAAAUGGGCAUAAAAUUAUUAUAGACGCAAAGAUUAGUGUAGGGUACAAUGUAAUAAAUAUAUUAAAGUAAAAGUCGUAUCGGGUUAAAAAAUAUCGCAGCUUUUGUCAGCUUAGUUUUUUGUUAUUCGUAUCGACUGCGCCUGAAAGAAUCAGUGCCGCCAUCGGCUGGUCGGCUCGUGGAAUCAUACACGUCGCUACAAUCGGUACACAACUUUGACAACCUUUUCUAUACUGGGUUAUGACGUGUAACAGCCGUUUUAAAUUUUACAUUUAAUUUGCCGCAUUUAAUUUUCAAACGAAAACCAAUUAAAGAGAAAAAGUUGCCUCCCCUCCCCACGACGUGGCGCGCAAGCAUGAGGAAUGAGAAAAGUCUCCGGACGUGUCUCGAAGAAAUGGAUAAAAUACCGAAUAUCUCGAAUACGCGAGGCUUGUAAUGUAACGCAGAAAGGUAAAAAGAGGAAGGGCCCAUUGGGAAGCGCAAUACGUUCUGAGUGCAUUUGCAAUUGUAGAUGAUGGCCUCGAGCCGGGGGAAUUUUUCUGCGAGAGCGUUCGCGCGACCGUUCGGUUUAAUUUCCAAAUUGAAAAGGAGAUGGUUCGAGACAAACGCGCGCGAUCACGGCGGGGCACUGUUAACUCAGACGAGUGUCUUCGCGCAAGAGGGUGCUCGCAUACAAGAGGUUCCCCUGAUAGUUCGGAUCGCCAGCGUCGAAGCUCUUCUCGACACGCGACGGACCGUCGGGUCGUCAGAUAAGAAUAAAAAAUCCGCGAUGAUUUCUAAGCAGAGUGUACCUUCUAUCGGCACGAGCGCGAUCAAGGACGUACCCUCGAAACACACCAUUAGCAUAGAGACCGACGAGGGCACCGCGAUACUGUAUUGCUCCGAUAUCGAGAGUCUGAAAAACACGGACGUGGUGCAAGUUCUGGAUGCGAUAAACUCGGAGAACACGGGUAAGGGCGUUUACUCCUUGCUGGAGAAGAAACUCGCGGACGAGAUAAAUUGCCGGAUAGCGCUCCAAAGUCUGAGGAAGAUGAUAGAGCUGGAAAGCGGGUGGUACCGAUACCGGAGAGCCCCGUCGAGCACUCAGCCGUCCGCGGAGAAAAUCAACAGAGACAUCAUUUUGCAACAGCUCGUAAGUCUGAUCGGCAAGAGCCGAGACAGCGAGACGAUACUGCAGGGGCUGAAGGCGCUGAAGAGAGACAGAUUUAGCCCCCCGACAAACGUUUAUAAGGACCGGAUGUGCAACGAAGUCACGAUCAGAGCCACGGACGGCGAGCUCACCGUGUCGCAGCUAAUCAGAGCGGUGAGAAUCCUGGCUAAUUAUGGAAACUCCAAGUACAGAAACUGCGUCGACGCGCUGUGGGUAGGUUUGACGUGCAGGGAACAGGAUAUUAAACCGGAUCUACUGGUUCCGUUAUUCAGAUCGCUGAAAUACUUCCAACGUAGCAGGAGCAUGGUGCAGAUCAUUUUGGAAAAGAAACUGUCGGAGCAGUGGCUCAAGCUGACCGGCUCGCAGAUGGCCAGUAUACUGAACUGUCUUUACGGGAAAGAAUGUUCGAAGGGCUGCUUGUCGAGCGCUAGUAAGUGGGCGAGCGUGAGUGUGACCACUUGCAGCGAGAAGGACCUCGUCAAUUUUAUUGGCGGUCUACGCGCGAAGAAGUAUGUCGAUGAAAAUGUGGAACAAGCGCUGGCGAGAUACGCGACGGCCAAAGGCACCGAGAUGAAAGAUCCUAAUUUAAUCGCCUCCAUCAUGGACUACUGCAAAGACUUGCGAAUUCGAAAUCCGUACGUUCUCGCCGAAUGUGGAAGAUACUUCCUGAGACACGGGAUGGAAAUUCCGCCUACGCUAUUGUCCCCCAUUCUCGCGCCUUUCGGACUACUCAAUCUACAACCUCCGGAUCCGACCGAGUUUUGGAAGACGUUCGACGAGGUCAUGUCCGUGCGAUUCUCAGAUCUCAAGCUGAACGACGCUCUAGACAUUCUCCUCUCUUGCACGUAUCUCGAAAGAUAUCCCGUUAAGCUUUUGGAUAAAGUCUUCGGUUCGUACCUUGUCAACAGGCUGCAAGCUCACAGGGACAUGCCUAUCGCCAAUCGCCUGAAAGACAAAUUGAAAUUGUUCGACGCAACCAUGUCGUUAGAAUGCAAAGAUUAUCGUGGCAGCUCGAUUAAUCUAGACAGGAACACCAAGUCGUUGAAUUUGGACAUGAGAAUCAGGGGCAUUAUCAAUAAAAUACACAAACCACUGGCGCACGUGGUAGGUGACGAGCACAAGUUGAGCAGGAGCGUGGUUCUGGGUAGACUGCCCCUCAUCGAUUUCUACAUUUUGGACCUGCUGAUUCACCCGCUUUCAAAGUCGACGCCAGUUUUCAGCUUGAAUCUGCAUAAAAAGAGAAACGUCAAUACCGCGAUUCUAAUCCAUUUGCCCGAGUACUAUUGCUGGAAUACGCGAUUCCUGGUGGGGCCGCAAGUAAUGCGAAAACGUCAAGUUAGAAAAUUGGGUUUCCGAGUUGCACAGUUAGAUUACGCGAGGCUGGCAGAGCUCGUAGAUCAGGACGACAAAUUGCUAUCCUAUUUGUCAGAAAGUCUGGACGCCGCCGAAGAUGCUUUGUAAAUCGUUUUGUGCGUGGUAGACCGUGCAUUUCACGGAUGGCGCAAAUUUUGCGGACAAAACUGCGAUGAAACGCGGUCGCAAUCGCGCGUUCCUUUAAUAAAUAAUAUAAAGCAUUGUACCCUAAAUGGAAUAAACGUUCGCAAAGAUAUGUAUAACUUUUCGUAAGCUCUUCUUUCUGCUUU